CCCUCUGUCUUUCUCUCCCAGGUGAGUGAUGUGCGGUGCGAGUGGUGUGUGUGUCUAGCGAGAGCGUGAGCCAGCGAGUGAGAGCAGUGUGUGUGUGUGUGGACAAAGCGAGCGCAGAGAGAGCCCCUUACACGGAGCAUGCCUCUGCGUCCUGCAGCCGGCAAACAUGAGCCACCCAACUCUCCACAGCAGGACUAGCACACACACUCACACACCCCCCCCUACACACACACCAACGGCAGCCAGGGGGCCAGCUCUGACAGCGGCAGCUCACAGGAAGAGGACAGCGGCGCUCCUGUUUCUGUCGGUGUUUUCUCUUUCCGUCCCGCUCGGGAGCGGAGCCCCAGUGCAGGAGGAGGUAUGGAGGAGCCACAGGGCAACACUCUGGUGAUCCGCAUUGGAAUACCAGACCUGGCACAGACGAAAUGUAUGAAGUUCGAUGCGGACGCUCCUAUCUGGUUGUCUAAGCAGCGUAUCCUGUGUACUUUGAACCACAGCCUGAAGGACGUGCUGAACUACGGCCUCUUCCAGCCAGCUCACAAUGGAAAGGCUGGCAAGUUCCUGGACGAGGAGAGGCAGCUGAAGGAAUACCCACUGCCUUCUGCUACACCUGUACCAUACCUGGAGUUCCGCUAUAAGAGACGUGUCUACACACAGACGCACCUGGAUGACAAGCAGCUCUCCAAACUACACACCAAGGCGAACCUGAAGAAGUUUAUGGAGUAUGUUCAGCAGAGGAACGUUGAGAAGGUGUCCAAAUUCCUGGAGAAAGGUCUGGACCCCAACUUCCACGACCCUGAAUCGGGAGAAUGUCCUCUGACCAUGGCAUCUCAGCUGGAGGGCUGUGCAGAGCUCAUCAAGGUGCUGAAGAGUGGAGGAGCUCACCUGGACUUCAGGACCCAAGAUGGCAUCACUGCCCUGCACAAGGCUGUCCGCACCAAGAACCAUACAGCGCUCAUAACGUUGCUGGACCUGGGUGCGUCUCCUGACUAUAAGGACAGUCGGGGGUUAAGUCCACUCUAUCACAGCUCUAUGGUAGGAGGAGACCCCUACUGCUGUGAACUACUGCUCCACGACCAUGCUCAGGUGGGCUGUGUGGACGAGAACGGCUGGCAGGAGAUACACCAGGCGUGUCGUCAUGGUCACGUUCAGCACUUGGAGCACCUGCUGUUUUAUGGAGCUGACAUGGCCGCCCAGAACGCCUCUGGAAACACCGCCCUGCACGUCUGUGCCCUCUACAACCAGGAUAGCUGUACCAGAGUCCUACUGUUUCGGGGAGUGAAUAAAGAGAUCAAGAACUACAACAGCCAGACGGCCUUUCAGGUUGCCAUUAUAGCAGGAAACUUUGACCUGGCUGAAAUCAUUAAGAUCCACAAAGUGUCAGACGUUGUGCCUUUCAGGGAGACCCCCUCCUACACUAACCGUAGACGUGUGUUGGUGGGAGGACUGCCUUCGCCCCGCUCCCUGCUGCGCUCCGCUAGUGACAACAACCUCAACGGGGAGAGCGGUCACGGUCUGGGGCAGGCCCUGCGGCAGGGUCACGGUCGACAGGGUCAAUCUCCUGUCCCCUCUCUGAGGAGCCUGCCUGCACUGGGACAACACCAACAACACGCCAGCCUGGGGGAGACUCAUCAUGGAGAGGUGCCAGACAGCAGUCUCCAGAGCACAGGCAGCUCUCGCUCCUCCCACUCCCGCUCUCCCUCGCUACACAGUCAUCUGCAUGAGGGCGAUCAGAGCGUCAGGAGGGCACAUGGACACGCUCUGGGACACGUCCCUCGAGGACGCCUCAGCCCGGGCACGGUACAGCGGGACCCCAGCCCCCCCACCCACACCCCCCCUGCCAUUACCGGCGCCAGUGGCCCCAAACGGAAACUCUACAGUGCCGUGCCGGGACGCACCUUCAUUGUGGUCAAACCGUACACGCCACAGGGCGAGGGAGAGAUCCAGCUGAACCGUGGAGAGAGGGUCAAAGUGUUGAGUAUAGGAGAAGGAGGCUUCUGGGAGGGCACGGUCAAGGGGAGAACAGGCUGGUUCCCUGCCGACUGUGUGGAGGAGGUUCAGAUGAGACAGUACGACCCUCGGCUAGAGACAAGAGAGGACCGCACUAAGAGACUGUUCAGACACUACACUGUGGGAUCCUAUGAUAACCUCUCCUCAUACAGGAGGGUUUUUCAGGGGUCUCCAUGCCCCGUCAGCAGGGGCUCUGUCUACCCGGGUGAUUACAUCAUAGAGGAGAAGAAUGCUGUGCUGCAGAGGAAGGAAAAGGAAGGAUUCGGCUUCGUCCUACGGGGAGCCAAAGCUGAGACACCCAUUGAAGAGUUCACCCCAACACCAGCGUUCCCUGCCCUCCAGUACUUGGAGUCUGUCGAUGUGGAGGGAGUGGCCUGGAGGGCAGGGCUUAGGACAGGAGACUUCCUCAUAGAGGUGCACGGGGUGAACGUGGUGAAGGUGGGCCAUAAGCAAGUGGUGUCUCUGAUUAGACAGGGGGGCAACAGCCUGCUGAUGAAGGUGGUCUCUGUCACACGCAAACCUGAGUCUGAGGAGGUAGUCCGCAAGAAAGCUCCCCCGCCACCCAAAAGAGCCCCCAGCACCACCUUGACGCUGCGCUCCAAGUCCAUGACUGCCGAACUGGAGGAGCUGGCUUCCGUCCGGAGGAGGAGAGGAGAAAGGCUAGAUGAGAUGCUAGCGCCCCAGGAGCAUUUGACGUUACGUUCCCAGCCCACAGAGGCCGACUACAGAGCUGCUACUGUCAAACAGAGACCUACCGGCAGGAGAAUCACAUCAGCAGAGAUCAGUUCGCUGUUUGAGAGGCAGGGCAUGGCACUACAUGGUGGGCUCCACCCAGGGAUGGAGAGGGCUCAUAUGCAGCUGCCUAGAGGGAUGUCCAGGACCAAGUCAUUCGGUGCGACUGAGGAGGACCGACUGUCGGCUUUGGCUGGAGAACACCGUUUCCCCCGGAGCUCUUCCAUGACUGAUAGCCUCCGAGACCACUCCCACUCCCAUUCUAUCCCGCCCCCUCCCCAGACUGCCCCCCCUCCUCCCCCCUCCCUCUACUACCUGGACACUGGCCCUCCCCCCUCCUUCUGCCCUCCUCCUCCGCCUGCCAGGGGUCAAGGUCAGGGUCAUGAUCCUGGAGGUCGUUCCAGCUUCAAGCCCUCCUCCCUGGACCUGGACCGGCCCUACGACCCAUCGCCCCGCCAGUCCUCCCAUCUCGAACGCCAGAAGAAGACAAGGUCAAUGAUUAUUCUACAAGACUCCUCCCACUUACCCAUGGAGCCCACCGACAUCCCGCGACCCUCUGCCUCCGCUACACCACCCGAGCGAAUUAAAAGGAAAGGACGGGUGAUUGACAACCCGUACGCCAAUGUGGGCCAGUUUAGUAUUGGGUUGUACACGCCCACCAAGCCCCAGCGCAAGAAGAGCCCUCUGGUGAAACAGCUACAGGUAGAAGACGCUCAGGAGAGAGCCAGCAUCGCCUUGGCUGCUGCCCACUCCCGAGAGCCCUCCCCCUCUGGCCGACACACACACACCCACGGCCACACACACACCAGCCGGGCCGACUACUAUCAGCAGCAGCUGAUGGUGGAGCGCGAGCGUAUGCGUCUCCAGGGAGAGGCCCUGCUACAGGGGAAAGGUCCGUUCGCUGCCGCUAUCGCCGGCGCUGUGAAGGACCGAGAGCGCCGUCUAGAGGAACGGAGGAAAUCAACAGUCUUCCUGUCGGUGGGGACCAUGGAGGGGGGGUCUGGGUCUGUCCCUGAGGCCCCCUCCUACACCACAUCCCGCUCCAUCGAUGAGCGCCUGCUCAGCAGAGAAUUUGGCCAGCUGCCACCCCCUGCCCUGGCCCUGCGUCCCUCACCUGGUGGCACUACCUUCAUCCACCCACUCACAGGGAAGCCCCUGGAUCCUAACUCGCCCCUGGCUCUUGCGCUGGCCGCAAGAGAGAGGGCACUUACCUCCCAGACCCAGUCCCCCGCCAGCAGCCCUGAGCCCAGGACUAAACAGGACAGGGCUGGGGCUGGGGCUGGGGCUGGAAGUCAGGGGGCUUCGCUCUUCAUCGACAGCCAGACCAAAGAGCCUCAGCAUGGGGACGGGAGUCCGGGGUCGCCCCAGGCUGGAAAACCCCAGUGGGGAGCAUCCUCACCCACCUUGCUUCGCCAGGAGAUGGAGGGAAGAGUAGAGGAGAGGAAGGAGGAGAGGAGAACGGAGGAUAAGAAGAGUUUGUUGAUCAGUAUCAUGGACACAUCCCAACAGAAGACGGCUGGACUAAUCAUGGUCCAUGCCACCAGUAACGGCCAGGCAGUGGGGCUGGAACCAGGGCUGGAGCAGACCCCCACCUCUCCAGCCACCGAGCCCAGUAAACCCUCCCUCAGUCGGGUUCCAUCGCCCAGCCCCUCUGCCUCUCAGCCCCAGGCCCAGCCCCAGGCCCAGCACCCCUCCAGCCCAGCCCAGGCUACCUUGGCCCAGGGCAGUUCAGAGGAAGAUGUCGAGCCCUACACAGUGAGCCUACCUCCAGCAAUGCUGUCCUCAAGUGAUGAGGAGACCAGAGAGGAGCUGAAGAAGAUCGGGGUGCUCCCACCUCCGGAUGAGUUCGCCAACGGGUUGCUGGCCAAGGCACAAGCACUGGAACAAGCCCAAGCCCAAGCCCAGGGGACCCCUGUACCCCAGUCGAAAUCCGUCAGCUCCCCCACAACAUCUACCACCCCUACUCCCCUCACCCCUUCCACCACCACCCCAACCCCCAGCCUGACCCCCACCUCCAGCCUGACCCCCACCCCGCCUCAGGGCCCUCCUCUCCAGCCUUCCCCCGGAGGAGCAGUCAUCUCAGGGAAGCCCUCGAACCCGGACCAGUCCCAUCCUCCUGCACUGCUGGCUGAGUCUGGUUCAGCAGCAGACUCUGGUCUGGAGGAGGCAGACACACGCAGCUCGAGUGAGAGAGAGCGGGACCACCACCUGGAGACCACCAGCACCGUGUCCACCGUCUCCAGCAUGUCCACUCUGUCCUCGGAGAGUGGUGAGCCCGCCGACACACAUACCUCCUAUGCCGACGGGCAGACCUUUGUGCUCGACAAGCCACCAGUGCCUCCCAAGCCCAGGCUAAAAUCCCACAUCGGAGGCAGUAAAGGCCCGGUAACCUUCAGGGACCCGUUGCUGAAGCAGAGCUCUGACAGCGAGCUGUUAUCCCAGCAGCAGGCAGCUGCUCUUGCUGCAGCAGCGGCCGGGGGGGCAGGGCUGGGGCAUGGAGGCCUGGGGUCUGGAGGCCUGGGGUCUGGAGGCCUUGGGUCUGGAGGCCUUGGGUCUGGAGGCCUGGGGUCAGGCUCUAUAUCUGGUCUGGUGGGAGGCCCAGGGAGGCCCCGCUACCUCUUCCAGAGGAGGUCCAAGCUGUGGGGGGACCAGAUGGAGGCGCGAGGUCCCGGGGUGGGGUUAGGGAUGGGGAGUCUUGGCAGUCUAGGGGGGUUGGGGCUAGGGCUGGGGGGUGAGGAGGGAGGCAAACCAUCGGUGAUUGGGGAACUGAGUUCCAGACUGCAGCAGCUGAAUAAGGAUACCAGGUCUCUGGGGGAGGAGGAGCCACUGGGGGCAUCGCUGGACCCUGGGAGGAAGUCCCCUGUGACAGGCGUCAGACUUUUCAGCAGUCUAGGAGAGCUCCACACCAUUUCCCAGAGAAGCUACGGCACUUCCUACACCAUCCGGCCCGGCAGCCGCUACCCCAUAACACGCCGAAUCCCAAGCCCCGGCUCGGGCUCCCCAGAUCGGGGUGACCCCCUAAGUCGACUCCCAGGCUUCGGCUUACCCAUUUCGCCCACCACGCCGCCCCACACCAUCCUCAAGUCAUCCAGCCUCAGCCUGCCCCAUGAGCCCAAAGAGGUGCGCUUUGUUAUGAGGAGCUCCAGCGCCCGGUCCCGCUCCCCGUCUCCCUCUCCCUCUCACUCUCCUGGGCUGGGCUCACCCCUCCUGGCUCUCAGGCCCUUCCACCAGAAGCCCCUCCACCUGUGGAACAAGUACGACGUUGGAGACUGGCUGGAGAGCAUCCACCUCGGGGAGCACAGGGCCGGCUUUCAGGAGCAUGAGAUUGAGGGCUCGCACCUGCCAGCACUCACCAAGGAGGACUUUGCUGAGCUGGGGGUGACGCGGGUGGGACACCGCAUGAACAUCGAACGAGCACUCAAACAGCUGCUGGAGAGCUGACCCCUGCCCUGAGAGAGAGAGAGAAAGAAAGAGGGAGAGAGAGAGAGAGAGGUGGGAAGAAAUAGGGAGAGAGAAAAAUGGCUAGACCACCCCAGUUUUACACCAACUCCAUUUUAGGUCGCUGCUUUUCAUUUCUUUUUAUUCUGAUGUCUCUGAAAGUUUCAGUGAUUGCGUUCAUAUGCAGCUCUCAGCACUGCACUGAAUUAUGAAGUCCCUCCCCCAUCUCACAACCUAUCAGAUGAGUCCUCUGAUAGAGGGAUAUAAACUCUUUGCAGAACAGAAUCUCGCAUGAGCGCCGAUUAGAACAUUUGAUUUGUGACUACUUGAGUUGCUCCUUUAGUCACACCUUUAACCUAUCCCACAGACCUUUCCUUCGCUGUACCGCUCUUCUUCUCCCUGUCCCUCCAUCUCUUUCCUUCCUGUUCGUUUUUUGCCUCUGAAGGAUCCCCAGUUUGUGUGAAGAAGAGGAGGAUGAAUCUCGUUCCAAACGGAAAGUUCAGUUGCCUUUCAGAAUAUUCUUACAGAGAUCAACUACGGUGAACACAGGAGUAAAGAUGCAGUACUGACCUAGUAUUGACAUAGAACUGACAUACUGAUACAGUACUGACACAGGCCUCUCUCCGCUCUGCCUGGCAUUGUGUUUAACACUUGUGCCCAAAGACAGAGUUUGGUGUUGGAGACCACGUGGGGAGAACUCAUCUAUCCUGGGACCGUCUCACGAACUGACUGUGCUAUCUAUUAUAUUUGGAGAAUGUUUAACCAACACUAGUGGCUUUUUUCAUAAUCAAAACAUUUGCUUUGGGUUUCCAAAGGGAAUGUUAUAAAUAGAUAUAAUAUAAAUGUAUUUAAAUAGCUUUGAGGGGGGAAAAAACGACAGAACGUUGAAAAAAAGAUACGUUAUAUACAGAGCAUCUGACUCCUACUUCUAGACAGAGUACAGAGAGAAAACUGUAACAUUUAUUCCACCAACAAUUUACUUGUUUUUACCAAUUAUAUACAUAUAUAUAUAUAUAUAUUUGAAAAAAAGUAUAUAGAUAUAUAAAAAUGAUUUUUUUUCAUAAAAUAUACAACUUUACUAAAACUAUACAUAUUCAAUAUACAACACGCUAUUGAUUAACUGUCCUUCUAUGGUCACUCUUUCCUGAAUAGUAGCAUGAGAAGUUGCAUCACGUCUUGAACAGAAGGUUGUGUUUGGUUUCCGCUUGUUUUCUUGCGGUCUUCCGUCAUGCUGAAGGGUAUCCCACACAGUGAGGGGUGUGAAACCACAGUUGACCCCAGUUUAAACCCAGUGACCUCAACACAUACUCAGAUGUAGAUAUACACAGAUAGGGUCUUAAUUAUCAGUCUGUUGCAGAAGAACUUUCCUGCACUUGUAGUGUAUUUGAGGUUUAAAAAGUCUUCUGAAGUUUGUAAUUUACACUUUGAAAUGUUUUUGUAUCAAUCCCUACAAAAAUCUUCAUUAAUAUAAUAUAAUAAUAAUUCACAUUUCCUGUUGCUGCAGGAUCAUUUUCCUGCUGUAGCAAACUGGCUCAAAUGAAGAUCUUAUAUAUACUGUACACACAUGAACAUUCACCUGGUCAAACAAAUAACACGCUUAGAUUCACACACAGACACGCACACAGUCCUCAUCCAACCUAAGACCGGUAGCAUCAUUAUCUACAUCUGAGACCAUGGUUUGGGAUAUAGAACGGGAUGUCUUAAGAAAUCAACAAUUGUAAUGUGAAUAGCUGCUCUCAAUGGUUAGAGACAGUGAGUGUCAUCCAUACACACAACAACACAGUGGUAGAUCAAUACUCUCUGGGAGAACAACAAUGGUGCGUUUAAGAGGGAGCAACAUUCUGAAUACCGCAGAUGUUUUAUUUCACCUUUAUUUCACCUUUAUUUAUACGUUUUUUUUCUCAUUGAGAUAACAUCUCUUUUCCUAGAGAGACCUGGUCCAAUAGCAGCAAAUAGAACUGACAUGGUACAACUGUCAUGAGCGUCUUAUAAAGAACAAACAUACUAUUAUACAAGUUCAUUUUUUGCUUUUUUUGGUAAAGAAAAUGUAGUAUAAGUUUCGCAACAGUGAAGCAUGUCUGUUCUCUAUAAUACAUUACUAUCUACAUUGUUGUUUAAUAUUGGACUCCUCUGAACAUGACCCAGGUGGACUCUACUACCACUAAAACCUUAACUAGUCAACAGUAGCACUGAAACCUUUAUGCUCAGUUAAGAUCCUUGGCAAGGAGCCGCGCACCAGUCCAAUCUAUCUCUGUGAAACGUUCCUUUGUAUCCAUUUAGCAGGUGGUAAAUUCAACAUUGUGUCAAUGUUGUAGGGAUAACGCUCACUGUCUCACAUUGGACCUCACAGACGAUCUCACUCCUGAUUCUGGUGACAUGCGGGAUGUUCUAAAUGACACCCUUAUCCAUAUAGUGCCCUCCAUUUUACAUUUUGUGGCACUAUUUAAGGAAAAGGAUAUAUUUUGGGCCACUACCAUACCGUCUGACUCAUUUAGGCUUUUGUGUUUAUUUGUUAUGCCCCCCCCACAAUGUAGGGGUUGAUUGUUGGUUUGUGUUUUUGUUAUGCCCCCCCUCCCUCCAUAAUGUAGGGGUUGAUUGUUGGUUUGUGUUUAUUUGUUAUGCCCCCCCCCUCCAUAUGUAGGGGGUGAUUGUUGGUUUGUGUUUAUUUGUUAUGUCCCCCCCUCCAUAAUGUAGGGGUUGAUUGUUGGUUUGUGUUUAUUUGUUUUGCCCCCCCCCCCUCCAUAAUGUAGGGGUUGAUUGUUGGUUUGUGUUUAUUUGUUAUGCCCCCCCCCCCCCCUCCAUAAUAUAGGGGUUGAUUGUUGGUUUGUGUUUAUUUGUUAUGCCCCCCCUCCAUAAUAUAGGGGUUGAUUGUUGGUUUGUGUUUAUUUGUAUGCCCCCCCCCCCUCAAUAAUGUAGGGGUUGAUUGUUGGUUUGUGUUUAUUUGUCAUGCCCCCCCCCCCCCCCCCCCUCCAUAAUGUAGGGGUGGGUUUUGUAGCUCUUGGAUUAAGACAUUAAGAACUUUUUCUAUUCACUCACCUAAUCUGAAUUUCAGAGUGACCAAGAAAAAGAGAAACUAAAAUAUUUAAACCUCUCAAAAUGACGUACACCCUGUAAAUAUGAACAAAAUACAAAUAUUUGCUUUUUUAUAUUAAUCAAAAGCAAUGUAUAUAUGAUAGUUUUCAUAUACAUUUUUGAAAAUCAAAAAAUAUAUAGAUCUAUAUAUGAAUGUUUGGCAUAUAUGCAUAGUUAAUCACUGAGGGAAAAAGGUGUGAUCAGAUUGUAUUCUUUCUAUGAACUCUGAACUAGGAGAUGAUUUGCACAAAACACGGUGCUAGCAAUACAGCCACCAUUCGUUACAGCGCAUGCAGGCUGUGAAGGGAGGAACCUCUCCUGUGUGGUGCGUGUAUGUAUGUGUGUGUGCGCUAGUUCAAACCCUCGAAGUGAGUCCGCUGUAGCCUUAAUACCAUCAGAGAUUCCUGGCAGUGGCUGUGUCUCACACACAUAAACACACUCACACGUGGUGCACACACACACAUUUGCACAAACAGAGACACAGACUGAACUCCAAAUCUGUAAUCAUUAUAGGACCCUUUGAUAUCUAUUCAUUGAUGAGAGAGAGAGAGAGAGAGAGAGAGAGAGAGAGAGAGAGAGAGAGAGAUCAAAACAAUACUGGGGUGCUGAGAGCGAUACAGCUAAAUCUUUUUUACAUUCUGUCUGUUCCUGUAUAGCCCCUGUCUGUGUGUCAGAGACCCUGUCAGCCUUGGGCACUGGGUGGGGUUUGGGCUGUGGUUCAAUAGGAGACAUAGACACAGACAAUUACAGUGUUACCAUCUGCCCUACAACACCUCCCUAUGACUCUCCUCAUGACGAGGUGCACUGGCACUCUCUGCUCCGCGUUUCCAUCCUGUUACACACUUUGCUCCCUUUUCCCUUUUCAGACUUUGAGUUUUUUAGGGUAUGCUAUGAAGUGAUUUUGAAGAGGACCGACAAAAAAAAAAAACAAAGAGGGAAAAACGUGCCAAAAAAUAACAAAAAACUUUCAAUGGUGUAUUUUUCUUAAUAGGACUACCUUAGUUUGGAAGUUGUUGAGCUGUUACUCAGUAAUAUGGUGCCAUCUCCUGGGAAUCUUGAGAACUACAGACAUUCAUUUAGCUUCUCCACUGUGUGUGCACAACCUUUUUGGAGUGGAACUCCAGUCGUUUUUAUGUUUUGUAAAGGAAUAUAUAUAUAUCCUGAAAAAUGACCAGAUUUUAUGAGCUUUGCAUUAUUACCAUUUCUAUAUCUAUUUUGAGACAAGGUAUCAAAGUAUUGCUUGGUUUAAAUGUGAUGAAGGUUGUUGUAUAGCUUGUCUAACUGAUGCUGAGAGAUGCUGACAUGGGUUUAAACACACAGCUCAUAUAUACACACAUGCUGUACACACGCACACGCCGGCAUGCACAUGCGCUCACACACACACAGUGCAGUUUGGACACCAGUUGCUUUCCUGGUUAGAAAACACGUCAGUAACAGAGAACCUAGUUGGACCCCUUAGUAGGUUUACCACAGGUAGCCUAUACAGAUGCAAACCCAUGCUGCGGGACACAGAAAGGUGAGGCAGACACUUCAUUCACACCAAUGAGUUUCUCUGUACGGUCGACUUCAUCUUCUUUUCUAAUCAACAAAGCACAAUCUACACGGUGAGAGGGGAUCUGGUAGACCCACCACUGGAUCUAGUGAUCUUAUCAUCAUUCAAAGGGUUUUUCUUUCAUUGUUGAUUUUCUCCUUGUUUGCACUGUGAAGUUUAACAUGGUGGAUCUAUCACAGGCUAUUUCUGGGCCUUGCCUGGCCCAUCUAAACCUCCCCUCCUCUUGAUCCCCCAGGCAUCCCGGCUCUCUAUCUUCCUCAAAGACACUGAACUCCACACAGAACUGUAGCCUGGCUGAAACUAAUGAUGAACACUGGAUUAAUGACAACCUCAGUAGAUUCAUAUUAUUCAGUAGUUUAGCAUUGUUGGAUUAAUCCUGACAGCAUAUACAGUAUGUGUCAAAUGUGUUAGGAGGUGAAAAUGUGAAAGGUCAGAUUGCUAGCUAACUAGAAUAAAAUAGUAGCGUUCACUUUGGUGCUAUAGAUGUACAGAUUUUUGCUAGACAGUGUUACUGUGACUAUUGGUGAGGCCAGGAUUUUAAUAUACAGUUCUGUGUAAUCUCAGAUACAGGAAGGGCAUACUCAAGUGUAAAUGUUUUUGCUGUUGAAAUUAAAAUAGCCUCAUUAGUCUGCAGAGAGGGAGAUAUAGGUUACCUGCCUCUAACUAGCAUCUGAAGGUGAAGAUGGGGAGCAACCAUGUCUACUCCCAAACACAACGCGCUGAAAGAGGUCAGGGCAGAAGCGGGCAGGCAGACUGGAAAAUAAGACAGAAUACAGUGGCCACUGGCCAUUGGGUAGAUUUCUGGAAAAUAACAAUAAUGGAAACAAAACACACUUUAUGGUCAGUCCCACCAUUUACAAGAUCAGUUGAACCCUUUUCACCCAGAGGCACGGGUCUCUUAUCAUCCAUAAGGGAACAGAUAGGGAAGGGAGGCAGGGUAGUGAGGCUUAGGCAGGUCCACAGCUGUGAUAGCUCCACCACAAAGAUAUAUGUUUGUUAUAUUAUGUAAUAAAUUUAUAAUUAAAAACAUGA